AUGUGGGAAGCCUGUUGGUCACAUUAUCAAACUGAUUAUUUUCAUUUAUUUAUUUGUAUAAGUAUUAUGGCAGUAUAUGGCGAAGAUAUUGUACAACAAGAUCUUGGUACAGAUGAUAUGCUUCUUCAUUUUAAUAGUCUUGCAAUGCAUAUGAGUGGUUCAAUUGUAUUGAAGAAGGCCCGAAGUCUACUUUAUAAAUUUCGAUUAUUACAACGUAUUCCUUGUUGUCUUCAUGAUAUAUCGGUGCUUGCUGGUCCAGGAAAUUGGGAUUCACAUCAUGUUCCACAAAUAUAUUGCAUCUGUACGACUGAUCAAGAAAAAGAACGAUGUCCAUUUAGUGGUUUUUGUAUGUGA